GCCGGAGGGAGCCGCGGCUGGAAGGAGGUGCGCCUGGCUUCCCGGGGCGGCGGGUGGGGGCUUGGUCACCAAUGGGGGCGGGGAGGAGGAUCGACGCGGCCUCCGGGUUGCUUCCUUUCCUGGCGGUCGGCCCCACUGACGUUCUGUGCCCGCCCCUCGCCCUGUCUGCCGGUGCCCAUGGUAGCUGUCAGGCCCCGCGGGCUCCCGUCGCUGUCACUCGCGCACCGCUUAUCCCUUGGCUCCCAUUCUCUUCACUAGCUCAAGCCCCAGCUCACGGGAAACCUGUUUUCUGACCUCACUUCCCCUGUUCCAGUUCUGCCGUGCUCGGAUUCUCUGAAAUCUGACCCUCUCCAGGGGCACUGUGACAAGCAGGAGGGAAGAAGCAGCCUUACUCCUGAACAGGCUCCUGGCCUGCCCACGCCCCAUCCGCGGCUGGGGCCAGGGUUCUCUGAUGGUCGGAGCGCGACUCGCCCCUGUGCCCUUGGGCUACUCAUUUCGAUAACAUGGCCCUUUUUCUGCCCAACAGCACUGGUGGCAAAAACUUCCUUUUGCAGGUGCCUUGCCACCCAGAUAUAUGAAGAAGGGGGUGCAGGGGAGGGGAAUGAAAGCCCUAGUACUCAGACUGCAGUGUAUUUGGGAUUAUCUUGGAACCAGGAGAAACCAGGUUAGGGCUGCCACUUUAACUGCACAGGUGCUGUCUCUAGGUGAACAUCUUAGGAAAUGCAGGCUAAAGACAGGUCACAAUUUGGUUUUGCAGCAAAAAUGCUUUCAGAACAGACAGCAGCCUUGGGGACAGGAUGGGAGUCAAUGAAUGUACCGCUGGAUGGAGCAGAGCCCCAGGUGGAAAGGGGAAGCCAGGAAGAGGGGCCAUGGAGAACAGCACCAGGGCCAUUGGAGCACCUUUGCUGUGACCUCGAAGAGGAGCCACAUUCCCUUCAGGAAAAGGCUCAGUCUGCUCCCUGGGUUCCUACAAUUCCCCAGGAGGGGAGCACUGGAGACUGGGAAAUGGCAGCUGCACUUCUUGCGGCCGGAUCACAGGGCCUGGUAACCAUCAAGGAUGUGUCACUGUGCUUCUCUCAGGAGGAGUGGCGGAGCCUGGACCCCUCUCAGACAGACUUUUAUGGAGAAUAUGUCAUGCAGGAAAACUGUGGGAUAGUAGUAUCUCUGAGAUUUCCAAUUCCCAAACUGGAUAUGCUUUCUCAACUAGAAGGAGGAGAAGAACAAUGGGUCCCUGACUCCCAGGACUUAGAAGAGAGGGACAUUCUGAGGGUCACAUAUACAGGAGAUGGAAGUGAACACGAGGGGGAUACCCCUGAACUAGAAGCAGAACCUCCCAGAAUGUUAUCCAGUGUGUCUGAAGAUACUGUUCUGUGGAACCCAGAGCAGGAUGAGAGCUGGGAUUCCAUGCCCAGGGGUUCUAGAGGAAUGCUCCUGGGUCCCCCUUUUCUUCAGGAAGAUAGCUUCUCAAACCUUCUAUGUAGCACAGAGAUGGAUUCCCUGUUAAGACCCCAUACAUGCCCCCAGUGUGGGAAACAGUUUGUGUGGGGCUCCCACCUUGCCAGGCAUCAGCAAACACACACUGGGGAGAGGCCCUAUAGCUGCCUCAAGUGUGAGAAGAGCUUUGGGCGAAGACAUCACCUAAUCAGGCACCAGAAAACCCACCUACAUGACAAGCCCAGCAGGUGCUCGGAGUGUGGCAAGAAUUUUCGAUGCAACUCCCAUCUGGCCAGCCACCAGAGAGUGCAUGCAGAAGGUAAAUCUUGCAAGGGCCAAGAGGUUGGAGAGAGCCCUGGGGCAAGGAAACGGCAGCGUGCCCCACCAGUGCCAAAGUGUCAUGUGUGCACUGAAUGUGGGAAGAGCUUUGGCCGAAGGCACCACCUUGUGAGACACUGGCUGACCCAUACUGGGGAGAAGCCCUUCCAGUGCCCUCGCUGUGAGAAGAGCUUUGGCCGCAAACAUCACCUGGACAGGCACCUGCUGACCCACCAGGGACAAAGUCCCCGGAGCAGCUGGGACAGAGGGACGUCUGUCUUUUGAAAUCUAUUUCUGCUAUAGUUAUGGUCAAGUCUAUCAGCCGGUGCUACCAGGAGUCACUGCCAGAGCUGCCCCUCUCCUAUACCCCAAUGGCCAGAAUCAUGAGCCCUGACCCCAUCCCUAGAAAGAUGAGGUCCCAGGAUUGGCCAGGGCAUUUCUCACCAGUUCUGUGAGACACCACAUAAAACCAGAGUCCUUUGGGCAAAACUUUUGGGAAACCGUGCAUACUACAUGGGCUGAUAUUCAGCCUGAGCCCAUUCUCAAGGAUACAGUGGUACCAGCAGUUUAUGGCUGAAGUCCAUUCUGAUUGGUUGAUUCUGUGCCAUACCAAUUGUUAAAUAUUUUGAGUAUCACCCUUGUAUACUAUAACUAUUAUAUUUUCUAUAUACAUACAGAAAGAUCAUUCUAGCAUAUUAAAGGCUCUGAAAUCUUAUGCAGUAGAGCAUACUGUCAAGCUUCUUUUAAUGCAGUGUUUCCUAAAUUUAUUUGGCCUUGGUAUCCUUUCUAUUUCACAUCCCACAGAACUGGUGACUCCAUGAAACACACUCUGGUGAACACUGGGUUAGAGAGUAAUGAAGAACCAAGAAGAGAUAGUGACUAGGUACCCAGAGCCCCCUUUUUUAUCCAUAUGAAAGCCUGGGGGCCAGACCUUGUUCCUGUGUGAGUCUGUCACUCUUAGCCCAAUCAUCUAUAUACAUCUACACCUCUCACCCCCACCUGACGAAAAAUAGAAAGAAUAACCUAUUCAUCCCCUUAUUCCUACUCCCUUCAUCCUGCACAUACAUACAUGGAGCUGAGAGAUCACACAACAAUGCUAAGAGAUGGACCUAAUACUCCCAAGUAACCCAGGCCCAUACAGAAGAAAAAACUUUUAUCUCCUUGAACAGACCCCUUCUCUUGACUGUGUCUUUAUGUGUCUAUGUGUCUGUGUGUGGGGGUCUUUGAAGAGAGCAUGCUAAGUGCAAACUAUACAAGCUAGGUUUUCUAGGGGCUGUGUUCUGGGGAUAAGGGUAGUGGGGAUUGUAUGGCGUUUUUUGUUUUGUUUCAAGAUAGCAAGUAAUCUGAGUGAUUAAGGAGCCCUAGUGGAAAGGGUUAAAUGUCAAAUGAUGGAUUAAGUUGUGGCAGUUGAGUACAAAGCCUUCCCCAGUAUCACUGAGAUCGAGACAAUUGUGGAUGUAUAUGUCUUGAUCUGAAUCUCUGGGUUGCAGAUUGUUUUUACCUGGGAGAAUAGAGAUGUCUUCAGUGAGGUGAGCUGUUUCUUGUUGAUUUCAGGCAAGGUGCAUAUAGAAGCUUUGUGCUGAGUGGGAUUUUUUGUUUUGUUUUAAGUGCUGGGAAAUUAGGACAGGAAUCAUAGUGUUUGCAAGUUGUUCUCAUCACUCUUCUUUGACUCUGAUUGCCUCAUAAAGGGAGAAGAGUUAUUCUUUAGAAUCUCAUCCUCCCAGAAACAGAACUUUAAGGGAAAUGGCUGUGGCUUAGCUUUUCAGCUGAUGCAGGGUGAUGAACUUUCUGCUUGGUUUUCCUCCCAAUUCUGGAACGGUGUCCACACUAUUAACUCCCUAGGACUUUUAUAAGUAUUCUAGCAUCUGUUAGUUGACGACUUGGUCAUUGUUUCUAUUUCUUGAUGGUUGUGUUAAUACAAAUCUUAUAAUUUAAAAAUUAUCUUGUAUGUAAAAGCAGUUUGGGGUUAGGGAGGAAGAGGAGCAAAAAGGAUGAAAGUGGGAUAUUUUCUCUUUAAUGCUUAGAUUUGGAUUUUUCCCUAAGACACUUUUUUCUUAGCCACAAUUGGUGUAAUGAACCAGAGAGGCAAGAGUAAGUGAGCUACAACAACCUAGUUUAGUCACUGUCCCAUUUGCUUAGGAAAAACUGGGCAAACCAUGGCUCCUCAGAGUCCUGGACCUAAAUGAAAUUAAAAUACGGUCAUUCUGCUGACUGGGCUUCUGAGAAUAUAUGUGACUCGAGCAGCCAAGCUCCCACCUCCCUUCUGCUACUCAGAGCAGUCUUUCUUUGCCUGGAAUGCAAUUCUCUUGCUUAUGUUCCUAUGAAAACAGCAAAAUGGCCAGCCCUUUGUAAGGCAGGCCUUGCCCUCGGUCCUCAAAAACAGGAGCAUUUUAGGAUCAGUAUUAGGAGAUGCACCAGGGAAUAGGAGAGUAUUGGGUUCCAGUAAUAAAUCUGGACUGUGCCAUUUCCUUUAGUCUCCUAUUUUAAUGUAAGUCUUUAAUACAAAUCAGCUUUAUGUAAGCAAUGGUUCAGAACCUGUUUUGGAUCACAGACCUGUUGGCAAAUCUGAUAGAAACCAGAAACCCACUUUUGAGAAAAGUAGACAUUUGCAAGUCACUGAACGUUGCAUACCCCUUUAGCAGGUUCAGCCCAUCCAUGAAAUCACUAAACUGGCUUCAAAGAAAGGGUGUUAUCCUGACCCCAAAUUAUCAUAUAUUUGUGUCAAGAAUUACAAGGCAAGUAUUACCAAAUAUUUUAAGGACUAAGGUACCAGAGACAUCAGUGUAGAAGGAUGGAGUCUAGUAUUUAAUGACUAGAAGGAUAUUGCAAACAUUCUACUCCAUAUUUUUUAAAGAUCUGACAUGCUGAAAAAUCCAGCUUCUCACAGACCUUGUUUUUAGGAUGUGGGAAGUGAUAUUCCUUACUAUCAGAUCACACCUGCUAAUAAGUCAUGUUAACUCCAAACUUUUAUCUGUUUUAGUAAAUGUGGGGAUAGAGAGUGAAGCCCCCAAAGUGUAGGUGCAAUUAUAGCACCCAGCUGAAAGGCAUCAUGGAGUCUAAGAGCCUUCUGCAUAAGAGGCAAUCCUUUGGGUCAUUUCUGUGUACCAUUGUCUUCUCUACCUCGCUCCAACACCACCUUCCUUGGACAAAAAAUAAAACAAGCAACAGCCAU